CUUCGCGUCUUCACGGCCGUGUCCACAUCUGGGAGGGUCACCCGGGUCGAUGCAGCGACAAGACGGGAAGUGGAUGAACUUGCGCCACUAAACGAUAUAUUUUCACAGUACGUAAUGGCCUGAUUUAAUAAAAAACCCAUCACCAAUAUCCACCAUGGGGAGGGAAAGGAAGUGCAUUCUCUGUCAGAUCGUUUACGGCUCCAAACAGGAGAUGGAUGAGCAUAUGAAGAGUAUGCUGCAUCAUCGGGAACUGGAGAACCUUAAGGGCCGGGACUGUGGCCACGAGUGCCCGGUGUGCCGGGUGACCGUGGUGAGUCUAACGGACUACGCCAACCACAUAUCCAGCAGGGUGCACAAGCAGCGCGUGGAGACGGCGGAACGCGAGGGUGCCGGGAACGACCAGGAAGAGGAGUACUUCGACAAGGAUCUGAUCAAACUGAUCGAGACCCGGAAGGAAGUGAUCAGGAGGGAGGAGGAGGCUGCAGCAAAGCGUGCCAGAGAGGAGGAGGCGCAGAGGAGAGAGGAAGAGGAGAGUAGGAAACGGCAACAACAGAUCCAGAAGUGGAGUGACGCACGGCAGUACUUCUGCCAGAAGGGGGCGUUGUGGGACUGGAGAUACCCCAACAAAACCCUUCCAACACCACCACCACCACCACCACCUCGAAAAUGCAAGGAGCCCGCCUGGCAGGAGCAAGGGGGCUGGGACUGCAGCUCUACCCCCGCCGGUUGUCGAGGUCCCUGGGAGACCCAGGAGGACAUCAGGUUCAACUGGUACGACAGGAAACAGGGCCGCAGUGCCACCUGGCACGCCCAGGAACCACCCAACGUCUACAAGUGGAGCGCCGGACAGAGAGGCAGUGGUAGCCUGCACAGCAGGGAGGGAACCAAUAAGAGAUGGCAGCAGGAGGAGUAUCUCCAUCCCCCAGCACAGCAGCAGAGCGGAGGGAGGGAACCCUGGCAGCGGAACAGCGGAGGAGGAGGUGCUACCGGUCUAUACGGCAGCAGCAGCAGAAGGGGUCACGGACUUCCUGGUGUGCUCGCUGACCGUGUCAUGACGGAAGGGCCGAGCAGCACGGAGUCUCUUCACAGGAUGGACUUCACCAGCGACCAGCUGGAUCCGGUCGGGUCCUUCGACCAGCUACACAGAUACGCUCACUUCGAACCGCAAGAUGACGGCCGGAAGGGUGGACACCAGAACAUGGCCCAGGAAGGGCCAGCCGGUGGAGCAGAACACGAUCGUAAAAGUGGCAUGGGGCCCAAGGCGUUCGGUAGUAAUCCUAAACUCGACAAGGCCUGUCGCUGGUCCCCUUAUCCGUCCCAUAAGGAGACCCACCCUCAUCCUCACCCCUCAGAGAAGCACCCAAAGGGUCCUCCUCCUCCCCCAACCUUCCAGACCCCCCAGACCCCCUUGGGCCAGGGCAGAGAUGUGGAUCCGAGACCCAGACGUGACAUAACGCUGGACCUCCACCGCUCCUCUGGUCUGAAGCCGACUCAGUCCAGACAGGACCUGCGAGCAGGCCAGCAGAGAGCAGCCCAGCAGCAGAGGUCUCCUGAUCAUAGUGUAGAAGGGAGGGAACCCAGGAAGCUUAGAGACAUCUCUACAAGGAUCAGUAGCAGUGAUAACAGCAAUAGUUUGAGGACAGACAGACAAACCUCCUCAUCUUCCUCUGGGUCCACCUCCACCAGACGGAGGGCAGCUAAACCAUCAGAGUGCCUUGAGAAAGGCCUGUCCUCCUCUUCGACUACCAGCCUCAAGACCCACCUGGGUAGGGCCUCUAGCCCCACCCUCAACCUAACUUCCAGCCCCAAGACCCACCUCAGUAGGGCCUCCAGCCCCACCCUCAACCUAACUUCCAGCCCCAAGACCCACCUCAGUAGGGCCUCCAGCCCCACCCUCAACCUAACUUCCAGCCCCAAGACCCACCUCAGUAGGGCCUCUAGCCCCACCCUCAACCUAACUUCCAGCCCCAAGACCCACCUCAGUAGGGCCUCCAGCCCCAGCCCCACCCUAACUUCCAGCCCCAAGACCCACCUCAGUAGGGCCUCCAGCCCCACCUUCAAUCUAACCCCCAGCCCCAAGACCCACCUCAGUAGGGCCUCCAGCCCCACCUUCAAUCUAACCCCCAGCCCCAAGACCCACCUCAGUAGGGCCUCCAGCCCUAGCCCCUCUACCACCCCCAGGACCCAGCUGAGCCGAGCCUCCAGCCAGGACUCGGACCAGCCUAGGUUGUCCAGACACAGAAGCCAGGAUUUGGGGAGGAGGCAGGGAUCAAAAUCCCCCCAGCAGGACCAGGAGCAGCUGCUGACCGAGAUGCUGAGGAGAGCCAAGGAGACGCUGCUAGACAAGAGGAUCUCCGUGGAGCUGUCUGCUGUUAACCACAGGACCGAGGGACAGAAAGCAGUGUCCAACGACCAUAGGAUGGAGAAAAAGGAGAGGAAGAUGGUGCUACACAUCGAGGAACAACAACAGGUGGAGAGCUCCGCUGGCGUUACGGUCGCAGACGACAACAGACAGAAGAGAGGGAAGUCGUCUAGACAGACCAGAGCUAGCAGCAGAGCUAACCCAGCUGAGGACAGAGCUAGCAGCAGAGCUAACCCAGCUGAGGGCAGAGCUAGCAGCAGAGCUAACCCAGCUGAGGGCAGAGCUAGCAGCAGAGCUAACCCAGCUGAGGGCAGAGCUAGCAGCAGAGCUAACCCAGCUGAGGGCAGAGCUAGCAGCAGAGCUAACCCAGCUGAGGGCAGAGCUAGCAGCAGAGCAGCUGAGGGCAGGCUAACCCCAGCUGAGGGCAGAGCUAGCAGCAGAGCUAACCCAGCUGAGGGCAGAGCUAGCAGCAGAGCUAACCCAGCUGAGGACAGAGCUAGCAGCAGAGCUAACCCAGCUGAGGGCAGAGCUAGCAGCAGAGCUAACCCAGCUGAGGACAGAGCUAGCAGCAGAGCUAACCCAGCUGAGGACAGAGCUGCUGCUACUGAGCCUUUAGAGACCAUGAUGGAGUUUGUGACGUCUCCCUCAGACAACCACCUGUCUGUUCAGUCUGUCCAGGUCAGCACUUCCACCAUGGAGUCCCCAGAGGGGGCUGUGCUCUCUCUCUCUCCCAGGGAGGAGGCGAUGGGGGAGAGGGAGGAGGCGAGGGGCCUGGUGGCUGGAGAGGAGGCCAUGGAAGUAGCAGACGCAGGUCUAUGGUCAGACAGUGACCCCUUGAGAACCAUCGAUCCUAACCUUGACCUCCACACGACCUCUGACCCCUCCUCAGGCUCCACCCAGACCAAACCCACCCUGCCCCUCGGCCUAAAGAGGGACCUCACCCGACACAUCGGCUCCAAGACCAAGAGCGGCAGCCACGAGCCCAAUCUGAACAUAGCCCGGCGGAUUAGGAACGUGAGCGGGACGAGGAGAGGGGAUGCGGAGAAGGAUUUGGGGCUGAAGCCAACGUUAAGACAGCUCAUCAGUUCGUCGGGGUCACGACGCUGUGUCAACUGGGACCAGGUGUACCAGGAAGUCCACAGGAAGAAGCAGCAGCAGGGGAAAGGCAUGCCCAGGUUUGGUAUCGAGAUGGUGUCCUGUGACCAGGAGGGGGAAGACAUUCCUCUGGCUGAGGGAUUUCAGUGGGAGACCCUCUUCGGCCUCGGAGACUCUGGACCCGCCUUCGCCCCAGUGACUCCUCGCAAACGCAGCCUCUCGGAGAGUAGCGUGGCUCCAGACCGCUCGACCGCCAACCUCUCCUCUCUCUUCGGGGGUCAGACCCCUGGUCAGGCGAUGCCAGGAGAGAGGGCACCCGGAGAUGGGGCUGGAAGGGAAGUGAGAUGCAGCUCAGACCAGCAAAGCUCCUCGUCCUUCAGAGACCCCCAGCAGCCUAAAAUGGAGGCGACACCGUGUGAAGACGGAGCACAGAGAGAAGUACAGGGGCCACUACCAGAGGGGCCCCCAGGGGUCGAGCCGAGACCUGACUCCGUGAUAGGGGACAGCAGCUCGGGGACGGAGCAGACCGACACGCAGGGAGCCAGGAUGAAACGACGUGCAGUUGGGGACAUUGCAUGUCCUGAAAUCCCUCAUUCAGAGAGGAAGAGUAAAAGAAUGAAGGUCAAGUCCAAAAAAGAGCGUCUACAGGUGGACCAUCUCCUUGCUGUGUCUCUGAGAGAGGAGGAUCUGAGCCGGUCUCUACAAGGGGUCGACAACAGCCUGAUCCAGGCCAGGGCUGCACUACAGGCUGCCUACAUGGAGGUCCAGCGCCUCCUAGUGGUCAAACAGCAGGUUUCCAUGGAGAUGAGUACUCUCAGAAGGAAGCGUAUUGAGUUGCUUCAAGGGAUACAAGGUGGUGUUGAGAGCCUUUCCCUGCCCAGAGUGAAGAGCUGUGAAGAGGAGAUGCCUUUAGAGAUGUCCCUGCUGUCGCCUCUAACAGAACCCCCUGUCGUCAGUCCCAACCAGGUUCCCCUCUACCUCCCCCCCUGCUCCACGCCCCCCUCCCUGUCCCCUAGCCACCAGACCCACCCCCAGCCUAUCACACAGUCAGUAGUUAUCAAGCAGGAGCCCCUGUCCCCUGGUAGGGUGACCACUAAGACGGAGGAUGUGGAGAGAGCAGUGACCGUUCACCACGGCUCUCACAGCACCACGCCAGAGCCCACGCCCAUCCCUACAGCCCCUCACGCAGAUUGUGCCUCCAGCUGCCAACCGGUCCGAGGGAGGAAGUCUGAGCGUCAGCGAGUCAGCAGAGAGCUCUCUCAAGAGGGCAGCAGUCUACCUGUAGGAGCAUGUGUAGAAUGGAAGGACCCCUCGGCAGGUUCACCAGGCCCGGUCCAGUCGGGAGAGAGGGGUGUUCAGGUUACCACAGCAGACAGGGGUAACUUCAAGCCCCACCCAGCCCCACUGUCAGGCCCAUCCAGCCGCAAGAGCUCCAGAGCUGGGAUCCAGGACCUAGAAACCUCCCCCGUCCUUCCUCUGUCCCUCGCUCCGUCCAACGUGCCGCCUCAGGCGGAGGUGAAGACCAUAAAGCGUGUGAGGAAGUUGAAGAAGAAGAGGGUGCUGAGGAAGGCCAAGGGGGAGGAGCAACAGCUUGACAACAGCGACACAGAACUGGAAGCGGAGACUACCUUCUCCCGACCUGUCAGACUCGUCGGAACCCGCAGGAAACCCAACGGCGGAUGCCGGCCCCAGGUCACCACAUCCUCCUCCACGUCCAGCCCGCCCGGAACAUCAGAGGACAGGGGAGAGCGUCCAGGACCACCGGGGUCUCCAGCCACGACGAGACCCAAGGAGAGGCAGGAGGACUCCGACUCCUCUCUGGAGAUGGUCGUGCUCCCCCAGGCAGCUCCAGGUGAGGUGGUCACCAUUGACACCUCGGGUCCAGAGGAUGGAGACGUGGACAUCUGCCCCCGGCCACAGCCUGCUGUCUCACCCCCAGCCCCAGACACACUGGAGGCGGAGCCCCAGAAGCUGGCCUGCAAUGAGGUGACCUCCACCAGCGAGAUGGAUGGUAGCUCUGUAGGCAAGAGUGAAGUCCAGCUUCCCCCGACAUCUGUCAAGCUGUCCAAGACUUCCUCAGAUCUGUCUCUGGAUGGGUCGUCGGAGCCCGGGGGGGAGGAUCUGCCAUCUGAGGGGAUGUUUGAGGGUCACCAGGAGACUGUUAAUGCCAUGCAGGUCCACAUGGGUCUACUCUAUACCUGUUCUGGAGACCGCACUGUUAGAGCCUUCAGCCUGGUGAGCCGUGAUUGUGUGGCUGUGUUUGAGGGCCACAGCACCAAGGUCAACUGUUUGCUGGUUUCUUCUGGACCAGGUCUUCAACAACGACUUUACUCUGGCUCCAGUGACCAGACUAUCCGUUGCUACAACCUCAGGUCCAGGGAGUGUGUGGAUCAGUUCUCUCUCCCAGACCGGGUUCUUUGCCUCCACAACCGCUGGAAAGUUCUGUACGCUGGCCUAGCUAACGGCUCCGUGGUCACCUUCAGCAUCAAGACCAACAAGCAGCUGGAUGUGUUCGAGUGUCACGGGCCGCGGGCGGUGAGUUGCCUAGCGACAGCCCAGGAAGGAGCUCGCCGCAUCCUAUUGGUCGGGUCCUACGACAGCACCAUUAGCAUCCGGGAUGCCAAGAGUGGCCUGUUGCUACGGACUCUCGAGGGACACACCAAGACAGUGCUAUGUAUGAAGGUCGUCAAUGACCUGGUCUUCAGUGGCUCCAGUGACCAGUCGGUCCAUGCACACAAUAUACACACUGGAGAGUUGGUGCGUAUCUAUAAAGGACAUAGUCAUGCUGUCACAGUGGUGGCCAUCCUGGGGAAGGUGAUGGUCACUGCCUGUCUUGACAAACUGGUCCGCGUCUACGAGCUACAGUCACAUGAUCGUCUGCAGGUGUACGGUGGACACACAGACAUGGUGAUGUGUAUGGCAAUCCACAAGAAUAUGAUCUACACUGGUUGCUAUGACGGCAGUGUGCAGGCGGUCAAACUGAACCUGAUCCAGAACUAUCACUGUCGGUGGCAUGGCUGUUCUCUGAUCUUUGGAGUGAUGGAUCACCUCCAGCAGCACCUGCUCCAUGACCACGCCUCUCCCAACACACAGAACCUCAAGUGUCGAUGGAAGAACUGCGAUGAGUAUUUCACCGCUCGCAACGGCUCCAAGCAGGGGGCUCCAAGGCACAUGCUGCAACAUGUUGAGGAGGAGUGGAGUGGACCAGCCCACCCCUGAGGGAGUCUGGAGUGGACCAGCCCACCCCUGAGGGAGUCUGGAGUGGACCAGCCCACCCCUGAGGGAGUCUGGAGUGGACCAGCCCACCCCUGAGGGAGUCUGGAGUGGACCAGCCCACCCCUGAGGGAGUCUCACGCUCCUAACCCCCCCCCUUAAUUCCCAUAUUGGGGUGACCCAGUCUAUAAGGUCACCUGGUUGAACCUGAAUGAUGAGCGUAUCAGUGAAACAGUGGGGUGAUUCAGCUUGGUGCCAGGUGACUACUAGCCUGAGAACCAGACCUGUUUGGUGCUAACGUUCCACUUCUUGCCAAUGUUAGGCAUUGACGAGGAGUGGCAAUGAGUGGAAUGAUAGCACAAAACCGACUGGUAUCCAGGCUAAGUUGACCAUCCAUACCAGAGGAUAAUGAUGAUGAUGAAUCUGUGGUUUUGUUAUGAAAGGAGAGAUGUGUUCUAGUUCUAGAACCAACUAGAACACAUGUCUUCCUCUCCAUGGUUCUCUCAUGAAUAAAUGAACACCGCUUAAUGUCAGUUGCCUUGAACCACUGACCAAAUAAGACAAAGGAACACAGGACUGACUGACUGACUGUUCACCAAGCAAAGAAACCAGGUCUGAAAGAGUCAUUGUUAUGUUUUCUAUUCAAAUGACUGCAAAUACAUUUUAAAAAUGAAUCCAACCCUCAGUUUUAUAAAGACAAAUGUUUUCCACUGUAUGUUUUGUUUUGGAGGGACGUCGGGGUGCUAGUGUCUUGGUGUGUUGAGGGACGUCGGGAUGCUAGUGUCUUGGUGUGUUGAGGGAAGUCGGGAUGCUAGUGUCUUGGUGUGUGGAGGGACGUCGGGAUGCUAGUGUCUUGGUGUGUUGAGGGACGUCGGGAUGCUAGUGUCUUGGUGUGUUUGGAGGGACGUCGGGAUGCUAGUGUCUUGGUGUGUUGAGGGAAGUCGGGAUGCUAGUGUCUUGGUGUGUUGAGGGAAGUCGGGAUGCUAGUGUCUUGGUGUGUUGAGGGAAGUCGGGAUGCUAGUGUCUUGGUGUGUUGAGGGACGUCGGGAUGCUAGUGUCUUGGUGUGUUGAGGGAAGUCGGGAUGCUAGUCUCUUGGUGUGUUUGGAGGGAAGUCGGGAUGCUAGUGUCUUGGUGUGUUGAGGGAAGUCGGGAUGCUAGUGUCUUGGUGUGUGGAGGGACGUCGGGAUGCUAGUGUCUUGGUGUGUUGGAGGGAUGUCGGGAUGCUAGUGUCUUGGUGUGUUUGGAGGGAAGUCAGGAUGCUAGUGUCUUGGUGUGUUUUGGAGGGAAGUCGGGGUGCUAGUGUCUUGGUGUGUUGAGGGAAGUCGGAAUGCUAGUUUCUUGGUGUGUUGAGGGAAGUCGGGAUGCUAGUGUCUUGGUGUGUUGAGGGAAGUCGGGAUGCUAGUGUCUUGGUGUGUUUGGAGGGAAGUCGGGAUGCUAGUGUCUUGGUGUGUUUGGAGGGACGUCGGGAUGCUAGUGUCUUGGUGUGUUGAGGGAAGUCGGGGUGCUAGUGUCUUGGUGUGUUGAGGGACGUCGGGAUGCUAGUGUCUUGGUGUGUUUGGAGGGAAGUCAGGAUGCUAGUGUCUUGGUGUGUUGAGGGAAGUCAGGAUGCUAGUGUCUUGGUGUGUUUGGAGGGAAGUCUGGAUGCUAGUGUCUUGGUGUGUUUGGAGGGACGUCGGGAUGCUAGUAUCUUGGUGUGUUGAGGGACGUCGGGAUGCUAGUAUCUUGGUGUGUUGAGGGACGUCGGGAUGCUAGUGUCUUGGUGUGUUGAGGGAAGUCGGGGUGCUAGUGUCUUGGUGUGUUUUGGAGGGACGUCGGGAUGCUAGUGUCUUGGUGUGUUGAGGGACGUCGGGAUGCUAGUGUCUUGGUGUGUUGAGGGAAGUCGGGAUGCUAGUGUCUUGGUGUGUUGAGGGACGUCGGGAUGCUAGUGUCUUGGUGUGUUGAGGGAAGUCGGGAUGCUAGUGUCUUGGUGUGUUGAGGGAAGUCGGGAUGCUAAUGUCUUGGUGUGUUGAGGGAAGUCGGGAUGCUAGUGUCUUGGUGUGUUGAGGGACGUCGGGAUGCUAGUAUCUUGGUGUGUUUGGAGGGAAGUCGGGGUGCUAGUGUCUUGGUGUGUUGAGGGAAGUCGGGGUGCUAGUGUCUUGGUGUGUUGAGGGAAGUCGGGGUGCUAGUGUCUUGGUGUGUUGAGGGACGUCGGGAUACUAGUGUCUUGGUGUGUUGAGGGACGUCGGGAUACUAGUGUCUUUGUUGCGACUCUUCUCUUGGUUUGUUUUUGUCCCAACCUCUUUGGAUACAGCUGUGAUUCACUCAUACAUCAGACUUGGCUAGCUUUAAUGAUGUCAUGACCUAGAUUUUUCUGGGACAUAUUUCGGUGCAAUGGAGUGUAAUUUCAGGCGUUUUAAGAAGUAAAAAUUGUAUAAAAAAAUAAAAAAAAAAAAAAAAUGGUCUGUUUUUGAGAGUGAUGUCUCAUUUUGAUAAACUUGUCACUAGAUCCCCCCUCACUGCCAUAUAUUUUUCUUAGUUUAUUUUAACAGGGGUUUUUAUCUUAGUCUUGAUCUUUUUCUUUCUGGCAUUGAGUGUGGUUGGUCCUUGAUAUUUUGGUGUUUGUUGAAGGACAGUGUAAAGUGUCUGAGAUUGCCAUUUGAAAAUGUGGUUUUGCAGUGAUGAGGAACUGAGACAUACUAGUGUGUGUUCUGGUGUCGGUUCUAGAAUGUGCUCUGGUGUCGGUUCUAGAAUGUGCUCUGGUGUCGGUUCUAGAAUGUGCUCUGGUGUCGGUUCUAGAAUGUGCUCUGGUGUCGGUUCUAGAAUGUGCUCUAGAAUGGGUUCUAGAAUGUGCUCUGGUGUCGGUUCUAGAAUGUGCUCUGGUGUCGGUUCUAGAAUGUGCUCUAGAAUGGGUUCUAGAAUGUGCUCUGGUGUCGGUUCUAGAAUGUGCUCUGGUGUCGGUUCUAGAAUGUGCUCUGGUGUCGGUUCUAGAAUGUGCUCUAGAAUGGGUUCUAGAAUGUGCUCUGGUGUCGGUUCUAGAAUGUGCUCUGGUGUCGGUUCUAGAAUGUGCUCUAGAAUGGGUUCUAGAAUGUGCUCUGGUGUCGGUUCUAGAAUGUGCUCUGGUGUCGGUUCUAGAAUGUGCUCUGGUGUCGGUUCUAGAAUGUGCUCUGGUGUCGGUUCUAGAAUGUGCUCUAGAAUGGGUUCUAGAAUAUGCUCUAGUGUCGGUUCACUGUGUUCCAAUGCGUGAACAGGCGUUUAUGUUGUGUAAGUUAAUCUGUCAUCAUUAAAGACAGACGUGAGAGAAAUUCAAAAUAAUCACUUUGUUCGUUUUUUUUUCCUGAAUGAGUGAGUUUGUACUUACCAGCAAUUGUUGGAUAUUGCUGUGCAUCUUUUGUGGAACUCCUACAGUAUAUGGGUGUUGUUGUUUUAUAAAAAUAGGGUGUACCUAUUCCACAGUAAGUAAGGGUUUUGUUUUGAAAUACGGACGUUUGUGUAGAGAUGUAGAUGGUACAGAGAUGGUGUGUUGAGGGGUUGAAGAACCCAGAGGAACAGAAUCAGGAUCCACCCCCCCCCAUGCCAUACCCCCUGAUGACACACACAUCACACAAAUUAAGCUGAUACGUUGAUCCAUCAUGCCUCUUUUAUUUUUCUCUUUUUUUUUCAAACAGUUUUGUUUUUCUUUUAUAGUAUUAUAAAACACGUUUUAAAAAUGUAAAUUGUAAUCCAUGUGAAGAAGAGGACGAGUUAAACCGAUGUUGUCGAUGUAACGCUCCUUAUCCGUGUAGUGGCAGCUCUGGGGUUAUCCGUGUAGUGGCAGCUCUGGGGUUAUCCGUGUAGUGGCAGCUCUGGGGUUAUCCGUGUAGUGGCAGCUCUGGGGUUAUCCGUGUAGUGGCAGCUCUGGGGUUAUCCGUGUAGUGGCAGCUCUGGGGUUAUCCGUGUAGUGGCAGCUCUGGGGUUAUCCGUGUAGUGGCAGCUCUGGGGUUAUCCGUGUAGUGGCAGCUCUGGGGUUGUACAUGGUGCUGUUGUAGGUGUGUGUGUGUGUGUGUGUGUGCUGAGGUGAGAUCUCAUCGACUUCUGUUCAACCGGCGAUCUUUAACAGCCGCAUCCUCCUUGAGAAGACAUACCUCCCAGACGUGUGUAACCCUCUUCCUCUGUUAUUUGAGGGGAAAACAUACAGUCGUCCUCUAAACCUGACAUUCCUGAGUUUUCUUUGACGAGUUUGUGUUUUUUUUUUUGUUCUUGCCCGAACGGUUGUGAACUUGUUUGUUAUUUUAAAGAAAAUGUUACAUAAAAAACCUGGAGAGAAAACAA